AACAAUUAGCAAACCGCCUCUGGUGCAACAACUUUAGGCCUAUGGUAGUGGUUUUUAGUUUGAAGUUAUGUCGGAGAAUAAUUUUUGGAAACCAAACGUCCUGUCGCAGAAUAUUGUGGCCCACGCGAAUGUAAUAUGGACGCAGUUCUUCGUCUAUAAAGCACCGAAACACACUCGAUCUUCCCAAACCCAAAAUCUACUGUAUUGUUUCAAACGACCGACAGUACCUCAUCAAACUAUUUUGUUUUAUUUCGCCGAAUUCUCGUGUGAAUGACGUAUCAGUAAAAACACAGUUUUUAAAACACUAUCUACCAUGCGUACGCAGCUCUCAGAAUUACUCAGAAAUAAGAAGUGUUUAUUAUUUUAUUUCCCUCGUUGUAUUGUAUUUACGCCAACUCGCCGUCCAAUGGCGUUGCACUUGACAAUCAUCCAUUGCGCAUGACAACUGUACCCGCACAACACAGACGAAGUGAAAUAAAGAAUAUGGCGAUGACCUCGCUCCCUACAUCCCAGUGUGGAUACGACUGAUCUGCGCUUAGACAAAGUGAAGUCGUCUUAGUAAUAAGCAUUGUGCAGAGGAUCAUUCGGUGGAAUAGAGAUCUGUGCAUAGAAAGGACAUGCAGAUACACUUGCAUUUUUAUGUACAGGUACAUUUUGUUUAGAAUGUGAUACAUGUACGUACGUGUGUGAUUGUCAGCUGCUUUGUGGAGCGGCCUUGGCACCACAACGCAUGAAAAGCAAUUACAAGCUGAGGCCCUGACGUUCACAUAAACAAAAUCUAGCGUCUUUAUUGGACAUGCCGUUGAUACGCUGAAUUAUAGUAUGGCGUUUGAUUGCAUCGAGAAAGUCGUCAAGUUGUUCUUUUUCAAUUACGGUGGUUUCAUCGCACGACACCCGUAUCCAUUUCUUCUCCUUCCGCUCUUGGCCGGAGCACUAGGUGCUGGAAUGGUGUUCCUGACGGAGGAAAACAGCAUAGAGAACCUGUACACUCCGGAAAAUGGGCAGGCAAAGACGGACAGGAACACAGUGGAAACACUGUUUUCCGAACACGGCGACAACGACACAUUAGUGUCACACCUGUCGAGACUGCCACGGUCUGGGAGCGUGAUUAUACGACAGAAGGAUGGCCAGAAUAUCCUGACACAAGCUGCCAUGGAGGCUAUUUUGAAUCUACACGAGCAGAUCACGAACAUCACCAUCCAAUACAACAACCAGGAAUAUAAAUUUACGGAUCUCUGUGUCAAAUGCGACGGCGUUUGUAAUGAGAACCCCAUACUAGCCGUAUAUUAUUACAACGCCUCUAAUGUGCCGUUGACUUCUCUAACGUUUCCACUCUAUACACCAGCCGGUACCAUCGUGCCUUAUUUUCUAGGUGGAGGAUUAGGAGAAGUGACAUUCAAAUCGAAUUCUCAAGAUGAGGUAGUUUCAGCCAAUGCUGUCCGGUUGUCCUACUUCUUACGUUACCAAGACGACGUGGAGGAUCAGCGAAGCGCCUUGUGGGAAGAAAAGUUCUUAGAAGUCGUGGAGGCUUUCACUUCAUCGGUUGUCAGCGUCACUCGGGAGGUGUCUUCCACACUGGAAACCGAGCUCGACAGAGCGAGCUCCAAUGUGGUCAAGGACUUCGCGAUCACCUUCACCAUCGUGAUCACAUUCAGCAUCUGUUCCUGUGUGAUGCUGGACUGGGUGCGAAGCAAGCCGUGGCUGGCCGGCUGCGGCGUCAUCUCCGCCGGCCUGGCCGUCCUAUCAUCGUUCGGGUUGAUGAGCUACAUCGGCGUGCCAUACAUAAAUGUCGUCGGCUCAGCACCAUUUUUAAUCUUGGGUAUUGGAGUUGACGACAUGUUCAUCAUGUUGGCGGCAUGGCGACAGACUGACGUUCGAUGGCCAGUGGAACAGCGCAUGCGCCAUGCCUUCUCUGAGGCCGCCAUGUCUAUUACCAUCACGUCCAUCACAGAUGCCCUGGCUUUUGGAAUUGGAGCCAUCACCUUCUUCAGAUCUGUCCGCAUAUUCUGCAUGUACACAGGCAUGGCUGUUAUCUUUGACUACGCCUUUCAGAUCACUUUCUUUGGCGCCUGCAUGGUGCUCACCGGCCGACGUGAGGCAGCUAACCGGCAUUGUAUGUCGUGCCUCAAAGUCAAACCCAAAAGUGAAUCCUCAUCCACGGCCUACACCAUAUUCUGCGCUGGUGGUUUAUCCCAGCAAGCUUCUGACAGGGACGAAGGUGAUACCAAUGACCACGCCCUGAUGCUGUUCUUCAAAAAUUACUACGGCCCUUUCAUCACACGCUGGUGGAUGGUGAUCCUGACAAUAAUACUGUUUCUGGCCUAUCUGGGCACCGCCAUCUACGGAUGCACCCAGGUUCGCGAAGGUCUCGCUCUCAGAAACCUUGCCCGGGACUACUCUUACGCGGCCGACUUCUUGGACGACGAGAUGGAGUAUUUCACGGCUUAUGGUCCACAGGUUUCGCUGGUGUUUAUUGAGCAGAGAGACGUGUGGAAUCCCGUGGUGCAAGAUCUCAUGGAGGACACUCUAGCAAAGAUGGAGGCGAACGAGUACACCUAUAGCAAGGAUCGCAAUCUAACCGUGUCAUGGCUGCGAGACUACCUUGACUUCCUUCAGACCAUCAACCUCGUUAAUCCAACCAAGUCGCAGUUCAUCAACACGCUGCGCCACACAUUCCUGGAGAUUGCCGCCUACCAGAAGUACUCGCUGGAUAUUGUCUUUAACGCUGACAACACCAGUGUUGCGGCGUCGCGAUUCUUUGUCACCACCAAAGACUUGGACUCCACCGAAAAUGAGCGAUACAUGAUGACAGACUUGAGACAGAUAGCCGAGGAGGCUGAGCUACCCAGCAUAGCCUACCAUCCAGCCUUUAUCUUCUUUGAUCAGUACGUCGCCAUCUUGCCCAACACAUUACAGAAUCUGGGGAUCGCCGUGGGCGCCAUGUUGAUCGUGGCCCUGCUGAUGAUCCCCAAUCUCAUCUGUACUGUGCUGGUCACUCUUUCCUUAGCCUCUAUUGUCACAGGGGUGGUGGGAUUCAUGACUCUGUGGCAAGUGAACCUCGACUCUAUCGCCAUGACCAAUCUCAUUCUUUGCAUAGGUUUCAGCGUGGACUUCUCCGCCCACAUCAGCUAUGCUUACAUCUCUGCUAACACAGGCUCCCGUCGAAGCAGUGUUGUACACAGCCUCUACUCUCUGGGCAUGCCAAUCGUUCAAGGGUCUCUCUCCACCAUACUCGGUGUCGUAGUACUCGCCUUCACAGACUCUUACAUCUUCCGCACUUUCUUCAAGACUAUGUUCCUUGUGAUCUCCCUGGGGGCGCUGCACGGCCUGCUCUUCCUCCCGGUAUUCCUCCUGCUCACGAUUCCUGUGAAGACUCGCCGAGUGCAAGACUCCAGCGAGAAUCUGAGAGAUGGUCGCCUCGCCAUCAGCCCACACGACAGUCCGGAGAAAGCCUUUGCCAUGCAACCGUAUCCGUCAGCCGUCGACAGUGCGAAUCGAGAGCCCACCACCGCUUCAUACCAUCCCUAUCGGUCACAGUCAGUGCCAUACAGCAUCAGCGCCAGUGUUGCGGACUCCAAGCCCUCCUUCAUCACCUGCCACCAGCAGCCAUUGCAAAACAGUGACCAUUGGCAGAAGUGGGCUUUGUCCGGAAAUUUUGCCAUUCCUAGAGCAAGGCCUACUUCAGCCCAUAGUAUGAGGGAGGGAAUUUACCCUCCAUAAUCCAGCAAGCAGAAGUGGCCUCACUUUUAAUUUGGGCACGUGCACAGUUGGGGCUCUACGUUGCGAAAAAGUUAUUUAUGAGGGCUGUGUCAGUUUCAGGUGAGGGUUUACUACAGCAGAGCACUCCCCGGAGUACAACCUGCCACAUUUUGGCAAAAUUAUCAUUUGAAUGAUAUAUAUUUUGUAAAAGCUGAAAGUAAAACGUUUGCUGUGAGUUUCUGAAGUGUGUAUUGUAAUCGGUGUUGGAAGUUAUUUUUCCAUUCUGUUGGCAAAGAUUUCGUUUAUGUCUGUAUUUAACUAUGACAUUAUUAUUAUCCACCAAGGACCCUUCUCAGAAACGAUUGGUGUUUGUCACUUUUCCUUCGUAUGAUAACGAUUUUUAAGUAAACGAGACUGCACAGAUUGCACGUUCAUUUUGUCGCAUUAUUUCAACAGUGACAGUUUAACUUUUAAUUAAAGUGAAGUCUUGUUGAAAUGGAUGAAAAGAAUUGGUUUCAAAUUUCUCAGUUGAAAAAAGAAAUACCUGUUGAUUUGUUUUACAUUUUGAGAGACUUUACAUCAAUAAGUGUUGUUUGCCAUAUCGUUUUAAACAAUUGAUACCAAUCACAGACAUACAAUUGCUUAAUUAUUUCUAAGCAAAGCUACAUUUAAAUAUGAUGUCAACAUGCUUGUAUUAAAAGUAAAGUGUACUUUUUGCCAUUGUGCAUGUACGCCAUUGCCGGAUAAAACAUCCCAAAAGUCACGUAAAAGAGGCCCUUUCCAGCCACAUUUGAUAUUGAUCAAUCAAAAUUAAUAUAUAUGAAUCUGUAUAUAAAUAUCCCUUUAUUCGGACUCGUAUUUUGGGUUUCCCUUUUUUCUAUAUUUUUAAAAAGAAUAAUGGUUAUUAGUCUGAAUUUCUUUAUUGAUCUUAAAUUCUUCAUUUGAAGUCUAACGUCAGCACUAUCUUUACGGUUUUGUUCAAUAACUCUGGCAUUCGAAUUCUUGGAAUUAGACAAAGGAAUGGUCAGAUCAAGACUAUGAGAUUUCAGGCCCUGCAAGUUAAAAAAGGCCUUGGAGGUGGGAAAAAGCAAAAAAAAAUAAUUCUCUUAAUUAUCCUCCCGGGUUUAAAGUGCACUCUCUACAAGGUCGAGAAAGGUUUAUUGCAUGGGAAGGAAAUCAACGGAAUACUAAGGGAAUAAAAUGUGCUUGGCCGGUCUUAAACGUUCUCCAAGGUAAAUACAGAAAUUUUCUUGCUGCAUUGUUAAAAACGUUUAUUACUCAAUGUGAAUUUUUGGAAAUAUUAGUAACGAUAUCUAUGAUAUGAACUCACAGAAUUAUUUUUGUUUGGUAUUGAUUGCAGUGUUUUAACAUCUUGGGUGAAUUACGGAAGUCAACUUUUCUUUUCAAUUUGUUAUUGGAAGAAAUGAAAAUAAAUGGUGGCACACAAAAAGUGAAAGUUUUUAAGUUUAUUCAUUUGACGCAGGUUGUGUGAUAGUAGGCGGUGGACAAGAUACAACUGUGCUGUCCAGCGCAGAUGUGGUCUCUAGUGAGGUGCUGAUUACGACAAACGAUCCAGUUGAAGGUGGUCUGCUUUCAGUACGACUGGCUGGUGACUUUCUCGCUUCAUCCUCCACAGAGCCUUGUGGUGAUUUGACAUUAAGCACUGAGCCUCUCCGUUUACUCUGAAUAGAUUCACUGGAUGCCUGUCUCGAUACUGCUUUAUCU